GACAAAAGACCGAACGAAGGAGAUUGGCAACGAGAACAAACCCCCAUCAAAUACAAAACCAACUUUCCUUUCAUCCUACGCCAUCAAAUUACCCACUAAUAACUCAAGAUUCUUCCUUUCUCCUUCUCCUUCUUCUUCUGAUUCAUCUCACUCUCUCUGAAAAUCUCAAUCAAUGGAUCCACUUGUUUCCUAGAGUGAGAGAGAGUGUGAGUGUGUUUGUGAGUCAGGAGAGAGAAUUUUUGGGUACUAGUUUUUGGUGCUCAUUCUUCCACUUUGUCAGAUUAGGGUUUUCUUUCUUUCUUUCUUUCUUUCUUUUUUUAAUAUCAAUUUUCUACAGACAAAUCUUUCAGUCCCCAGAAUUCCCUUCACAUGAGGUGAAAUUUUCCAUGGAGCGAUUGCUGCUUCAAUUUGCAGAUUAAGGGAAGAUUGCUUUUCUUAUGGUGAACAUUUGUAAAGUUGGACUCUCGAUUACCGGUGGAUAUGGGAGCUUCUUCACGUGAUUCUUUUAAGUGAUUGUGAAGUGUGAAAGACAGUCUUAAAUUCAUUUGCCGGUGGGUAUAUUCUCUUUUUUACUGCCACUUUAAUUCUAAACCAUUUGGGGUUCGUGGGUAGUUUGAGAAAUUGGGAGAAUGGAGCAUCGUCAGAUUUUUGGUCGUGGUUCUUCUCAUGGUCCAGCUGAGGAAGAUGAUGUUGAAGAGUUUCGAAGUUGUUGUGAAGAUCACGAAGUGUGGAAAGAGACUGAAGAUGCAGUAGAAGAAGAGUCUGAGGAGGAUCUUGAUGAGUUUUCGGUGAAAAUGUUCUUUAAGGGCGUUUCAAUAGCUGAGAUUGGGGACCCUGCUUCUGGUCUUUCUGGUAUUGGAGUAUUCAUGGAAAAAUCAGGGAAAAUCCCUUUUGUUCAGGUCCAGAAAAAACUUGAUUUUUAUGUUGACGAGUUAGUUGCUGAUUAUUUAGCUCUAAUGGAUGGUCUGGUGGAGGCCAUGCAGAAUGAUGUCCGCUGUAUUCGAGCUUUCACCGACUCUGAUCUGUUAUAUAAACAGAUAACAAAUGAAGAGGAGCCUGAAAUUCCACUUCUUGUAGCUCUGAAAGAAAGGAUUCUGGAACAUGCUAGCAAUUUUGAAUCCUUUUCCCUGAUUCUUUCUUCAAGUGCUGAUCUUGAGCAGCCAUUUCAUCUUGCAAAAGUGGCUAUUGGGGUUCUUUCUUGUCCGCAAAAAGGAGAUAAAUCAGUUGAAAAUUGUUCUAUUUGUUGUGACAAUAAACCAUCUGCUAUGAUGGUUGCAUUGAAGUGUUGUCACAAGUUCUGCUCGCAAUGUCUGAAGACUUAUGUUGAUGGAAAAGUAGAUGCAUCUCAAGUUCCUAUCAGAUGCCCUCAGUUGAGAUGCAAAUAUUACAUCACAAGCAAUGAGUUUAAAUCGUUUCUUCCCCUGACUUUAUACGAAUUGUUAGAGAAUACCUUAGCAGAAGCAAAUAUUCAUGCGGAUAGAAUUUACUGCCCUUUUCCAAAUUGCUCUGUCUUGUUAGACCCCAGCGAAUGUUUGUCAGCUAGGGCAAGUUCAUCAAGUCAAUCAGAUAAUAGCUGCAUUGAGUGUCCAGUUUGUCAGAGAUUUAUCUGUGUUGAAUGUCAAGUUCCUUGGCAUUCAUCAGUGAGCUGCGAAGAAUUUCAGAACAUCCCAUUAGAGGAGAGAGACACUGCAGAUAUCACCUUACAUCGUCUUGCACAAAACAAAAGGUGGAGGCGUUGUCAGGAGUGUCAUAGGAUGAUUGAAUUAACUCAGGGUUGCUUUCAUAUGACAUGCUGGUGUGGGCAUGAAUUCUGCUAUUCUUGUGGUGUUGAGUAUCAAGAUGGGCAACAGACCUGCCAAUGUGCCUUUUGGGACGAAGACAAUUCCGAGAACCUGGUCACCCACUCCGUCCAAGAAUCUGAGCAGUGGGCAUGGGAGACUUUUAAUUCCCUCCCCAUGAUAAUGGAUGCAUACUCAGAGCAAGAGAGGUCACAAUUGGCACUAAUUCAACGAUUCCUCGCUGGGGGAUUUAGUCUGAGCGACCACCAACCAUAUCAGUCUCCACCACGAUGUACAGACUCUUAUGUCGACACUAUGAAGGACAUACACCAGCUUCCUUGGCUCGAGAGGUUUGUUUCUGUUAUAAGCGAUAGCUACUACGAAGAUUAUGUACAAUGAUAUCGAUUCUUAGGUGUCUUACUGAAGUUGACAAAAUAAAAGGGAGGUAAGAAGAGUUUCUUACUCUAGCUUUCCUCCCUCAUUUACACCGCACAGCUUGGCGUUUCUGUCCGUAGUUAAGCUCUCUUUAUCUACUGAAUCAUGCUGGAAUUUAUGAUGUGACCCUCCCUCAAAGGUCCUCCUUGCAUUAGAUUAGAAUGGAGGAAUCUUAUGCAAGAAUGUCAGCUUUCUUUCUAUCCUCUUUCAAAGAAUUGUUUGAAGAAAAAAAAAAAGGAAAAGAAAAGAAAAAAAAAAAGAAAAGAAAAAAAGAAGAAAAAAGAGAAAGGAAAAGACCGAAAGGAAUAGACAAGAAUUUAAUGAUGUCAAUCAAUGAAAAUGAAAUUUGUCUGCA